UAAACUUGCUCAAUGCACUAAAUCACUGAAUUACUUGUAAUGUGAUAAUAAAUAAAAACUUAAAGCAUUAUUAAAACUAAAAUAUGGCUGUAAUACUGAAGUAUAUAGUUGCCGGUUUAGUGAGAUAUUGGCUAAUUCAUAUAGAUUAUUGGCAAACUAUAGCGAAUAGGGUGGAAAUAGCGACGCCUCUAAACUCUUGGAAGAGGUUAAUAGAAGGCGUCUAUUUGUAUGAUCAUAAUAUAAAUCCAUAUGAAGGCGACUCUUUUCACGAGUCCCCAAUUAUGCUUAUAUUCUUUUAUCACUUGAUGAAGAGUGCGCCAUUUAUUCUUCCAGCACUUUUUACAGUACUGGAUCUGCUCACAGCAUACCUACUUUACCGUACUUCCAAAGCAUUUAUAAGUAUGUUUAAAGACUCUCAAGAAAGAAAGUUAGAAGAAGUAGCUGAAGAAUCAAAAACCAUGCUUUUGAAUGAUUCUCAACUGCAAGAAGCUUCUGAAUAUGUGUUAUCUGUGUAUUUGUUUAAUCCAUAUUCUGUUUUGAACUGUGCAGCAAUGACUACAACAGUUAUACAAAAUUUAUUGGUAGCGACAUCAUUGUGGGGUGCAGCCUCUGGACACAGAAUUUUGGCUUCUGUAUUUGUUGCACUUGCAACACACCAGGCUCUAUACCCUGUUCUGUUAAUUGUGCCCAUUGCUAUUCUGGUAGCUGAAGUUAACAAAGGCUGCCACAAAUGUUCCUACAUCAAAACCUUACUAGUAUUUGUGCUCUGCUGGGGAUUCUUGAUAUAUAUCUCUGCAUAUAUUAUGGGAGGAUCAUAUAAGUAUGUGUAUGACACCUAUGGAUUCAUAUUGACUGUACCAGAUUUGAAGCCAAAUAUUGGUCUGUUCUGGUAUUUCUUCACGGAGAUGUUUGAGCACUUCAGGCUACUGUUUGUGUGUGCUUUCCAAAUCAAUGCACUUGCACUGUAUGUGAUCCCAUUGACAUUGAGGUUUAAGAAGGAGCCAGUACUUUUAGCAACAGUCCUUAUAGCAUUAUCUACAAUAUUUAGAUCCUAUCCAUGUAUUGGUGAUGUUGGAUUUUAUAUGGCACUCUUACCAAUGUGGAAACACCUAUUUUCAUUUAUGCAGCAAAAAUUCAUAGUGGGUUGUGCCUUUAUCAUCACAUCUGCACUAGGGCCAACAGUUUGGCAUCUCUGGAUAUACUCGGGCUCGGCAAAUGCAAAUUUCUUUUUUGGAGUAACACUAUCAUUUGCCACUGCACAGAUAUUCCUUAUCACUGACUUACUUUUUGCAUAUAUUAAAAGAGAAUUCACUUUAAAGCAUGGCACUUCACGUCAAGUGGAUGGCAAACCAGCCAAAUUAGUACUACGAUAACGACAUUUUAUGAUUAAUGUAUAGUCACUUGAAUAACGAAAUGGUUUUAGUUUAAUUAUGUUGGUUGAAAAAGAAAGGUAGGUACUGACUGUAUAAAACUAUGUAAUGUGACAGUAUUGUUACAUAUUCAUGUAUUAAUGACUCAUUUUAGAGUUACAUUGCAUGUAAAUACUCUUGUUAAAUACUUACCUUUAGGGGGACUUUAAAUUUGGGAUAACAACCUGUGGUCGUUGGGUGAAUGCCAAAGGGCAAAAGAAUUGUUGUAAUUUAUUCUUUCUUGUAAUCUAAACAUUUCAAUGUAUUUAGUCAAUUUUGCCACCGUAUUUUUAAUGUAUUCUUAUUUCUAUGUAUGUUUCACAUUAAAUUUAAUAUUUAUUUAUAUUUUACUGUAAAAUUGCAUUUACACUUUAUAUAAUUACUUUGCACAAGAUUUGCUGAAUGCAAGUGAAGGCAAAAUAAGUUUUAUCUAUGGUUGUGUUUACUUAAUUUAAGAGUAUAAUUAACAUAAUUAUACAUGUUUAUUAAUUUUGCAGCAUCAGAACUUAUUAAGUUGGUAAUUAAAUUAAUUAUUAUAACAAAUUUACAGCCUAUCAGAUGGCAUUUUUUUAUAUUUAAAUGGCUGUCAAAUUAAAUUAUACCUACUACUGCCAUCAU